AUUUAAUCUAGGGUCGUAAAGGUUUGAGGUUAGAAAAAAUAGAACGGAAUUUUCGGAUUUUUCAAAAGGUAUUGUUCGAGUUAUUAAAUAAAAUAAAUGUAAUACAAACAUUUUUAAAGUUACACUUUCCAUAUUUCAUUGCGCUGGAAAUGUUGUUUUACUUAAAAGAUAAGGAAGGUUCGAUAUUGUAUUUAUUAAAAGAUAAAUACACUAUUGGGAGAAAGGAUGCAGAUAUUCUCUUAACAAAUGAUCAGUCUAUAAGUCGUAAUCAUGCUCUUUUAAAAUUAGAUAGCAACAGAAUAAUUUUGGUUGAUUGUGGAGCAAAAUACAAGACAUAUGUUGAUAAUACAAAACUUCAACCUCAUGAAGAUACAAUUUUAAGUCCUGGAAAUACAAUUAAAUUUGGAGCAUUUGAAAGUAUUUAUAAAGUAGGUUGUAUAAACAUAGUAACAGCACACUCAUGUUUAACCAAAGAAGAAAAGAAAAAAGUAAUUUGUCAAAUAAACUUUUUAAAUGGAUGUUGUGUAAGUAAUUGGACACCUGAAUGUACUCAUUUAACAGUCAACGAAUUAAAACUUACUGUAAAGAUGUUGUGUUGUCUGAUAGAAGGAAAACCAAUAGUUACAGUAAAGUUUUGGGAAGAUUUUGCAAAGAAUGUCAAAGAAAAUCAUUCCCCACCUGAUCCUAACAAUUACAAACCACCUUGUACAGAAAUAAUGUUAAACAAAAAUUUACCAUUAGAUUUCAAAGAAGAAAGAAAACACCUAUUCCGUAAUAAAGUAUUUGUUUUUAUGACAGAAGCUGAUAAAGAAACUGUGGAGUUGGUCAUAAAAUAUGCAGGAGGACAAUGUAUAUCUUGGGAAAAGGAACAUAUAAAAAAAGAAGAUAUAGAUAAUCCUGAGAAAGAGUAUUUAAUUGUACAGAAUACAGAUAGUCCAACAAAAAUACAAUCCCAAGAAUUGAUAGAUCUGAUAGAACAUCUAAAGCAAACAGGAAAACGUUUGAUUCCAUUUACAGAAUUAGCCCUUGCAAUUGUAAACUGUUCUUGCGAAAAAGAUUGCAAUCCUAACUUUGAUAGAAAUGCUGCAUUAUUAAAGGCAACAUCCAGUCAAUUAGCAGCUCCAUGUAAAAUACUUGUAACAGAAACUCAGACGCAACAAGAAGAACAUUCCAAAAAUACUCAAAACAAUGCUACAAUUCCUCCCUCAUUUGAUAAUUCGUCUUGUAGUAGUCAAAAUUUUGCACCCAAAAUCAAUAGUACGUUUGCUGAACCUAAAGUAGCAAAUAAAAGAAUUGCCGAAGAUCACGUCGACAAGUUGACUGAAAACAUAUCAAAAAAAGCGAAAAUGUUAACAGAAAAUUUUGCUGUCUUUAUCAACAAGAAAAAUAAGGAAAUCACCAAAGCAAACAACGCUUUCGAUAUUUUUACUAAUAAAAAAGGUGAUAAAGAUUCGUCAUCAGGUACAUCGGAAACUAAAGAAAAUAGCAUUUCUACAGCAGAACCAAAAAAACGUAAGUUUGACUUUGUUGAACCAGAUGAAAAGCAAAACAGUUUAGUGGAAAUAACUAAAAAGAUAAAUUUAGAUAAAGAUGAGGUUGAUAAUAUAUCUUUAUUACAAAGCAAAAUUUUGAAAAGUUCGACAAAUCAUUUUUCUUCGUCUGGCAAGACAAAUCAAAAUUCAACGACAAAUAUCCUAUCUGGAUCGUGGAUUUCAAUAAACAAUUCAACGAAUAAAAUUGAAGAAGUCUGUAAACAAGAAGAUAUUGAUGAAGAAAUGUUACGGUUUGUUAAUUCCUUCAGGAAUUCUGUCGUUAUCGUAGAAAAAAAUCUUAUUAAGUGUAAACCUAAAGCCAAUACACUCUCAAUUAAUGCUGUUUCAAAUUCAAAUCGAAAAGAUUUUAAAAAAUUUAAAAGGGUAAAACCUCUAAAAGAGCAGUCCACAAUAAUUCCACGUUCGGAAUGUGUACGAGUUAUUUGUAAUAGUGAUGCUGUUUUGCAACCACAAGCACAUGAAGAAGAUAACGAUGAUAAUGAUGAUAUAGAAUUUAUUAAUGGCCCAAUCCAAAGUAAACAGCAAAACACCAGCAGUAAAAAGAAACCAUUGAAAUUUGAAAUUUAGGCUGUGAAUGAAACGCCGUUUUGAAAUAAACAGAUUUUUACGCCGAUGACGCAUUUAGUAAUUCAUCUUAAUCAAAAAAACUUUUGAACGGCAGUAUCGAAACAUCCAUCAAAAAAAAAAAAAUUCAAGGUGAAAACCCCUAAUCCGAAUACGAUUAUUUUGCUUGCCGCGAAAGCCUAGCAAAUACUAUAUAUGGAAAACGCUAGAUAUGUAGUAUUAUAAAGUGGCGAGGGUAAAUUCAAGUCGAUCUUUUACAAUCCAUUUACACCACAAGUAAGCGUUUCUUUAAAAACUCAUGUAAUGAUAUCUAAGGCCAUCACUUUUAAUAUUGUAAUUUAUCUUCAAUCUCUUCUCUUUUUGGUUAAAAAAAGUCGUCGUCAUUGACGUUUAAACCUUACUUAUUAUAACCAUUUUUCCGUCUUCCUAUGGAACUCGAAUUAAGUGCCUAAGAAUCCGUAUAAAGUAUAUUUUAAUCCAUCACAUGGUGGUACUUAUCCACGUAAAGAUCACUCCAUCUAGAGAUCUCGGUUUUCCAGUCUGUUGGCCACAUUUUAAAUGUUACCUAGUUGCGAUGCAUUGAUUUACACAAAUUCGUUAUUAAAUUAUUUAAUUUG